CUACAUUGUGCACUGCAUAGGGAGUAGGGAGCCAACUGACAGUGAACUUGUUGUAGUAUUUUGGUGGCGCGGUGCAUUGUGGGAAAUGACGGCAGCCAAAGUAACUGGAAAGAGUGCAAAUUUUCACUAAUUCAGCUGAUUUUUGCUUCUGACACAAAACGCAUUGCUUGCUAAAUAGCAGGGCAGCUGAUAUGUUGGAUGUUUGCGGUCAUUUUCCACCACAUGUGACUUACUUGACGGGAGUUUUGUGUACUCGCGUGUGCACCAAAGAAAGAUGGCUGCGUGUGCGAUACGUCGAGGUUUAUUUCUGAGCGUCAGUAAAUACAAGAGGCGCUCUCACAGAGUGGCGAGUGUCCUUGAAUAUAACUGUGGAUUAGACUGGACUAGGACCCGGCCAUCAUGUUUACACUGCGCUUCGUCCAGUUUUCAGCAAACAAGAUUCAUGUCAUCACGAAACAGACCUAACGGAAAGGUACUGGAGACUGUUGGAGUGUUUGAAGCACCAAAGCAGCAUGGGAAGUAUGAAACAGGCCAGCUUUUUCUCCACAGUGUCUUCGGCUACAGAGGGAUCGUGUUAUUCCCCUGGCAUGCUCGUCUCUACGACCGAGAUGUGUGUCCUACAAUAUCAGACAGCAAACCAGAGUCCCUAGGCCACGGGUCAAAAGAGGUGAAAGGAAAAACACACACUUACUACCAGGUCCUUAUAGACACCCGGGACUGCCCCCACAUAUCUCAGAGGUCUCAAACAGAGGCAGUCACGUUUCUGGCAAAUCAUGACGACAGCAGGGCCUUGUACGCUAUCCCAGGUUUGGAUUAUGUUAGUCAUGAAGACAUCCUGCCGUACAGCUCAACUGAGCAGAUUCCUAUUCAGCAUGAGCUGUUUGAGCGUUUUCUUAUGUUUAACCCAUCCAAAACACCCCCUUUUACCCCAAGAGACACACUCCGAGCCUGGCAGGAGAAGAACCAUCCUUGGCUGGAGCUGUCAGAUGUACACAGGGAGACGACGGAGAAUAUCCGCGUCACUGUCAUCCCUUUCUACAUGGGCAUGAGGGAGGCACAGAAUUCCCAUGUGUACUGGUGGCGAUACUGUAUCCGUCUGGAGAACUUGGGCAACGAGGUGGUUCAGUUGCGAGAAAGACACUGGAGAAUCUUCAGCCUGUCAGGCACUCUGGAAACAGUCCGUGGCAGAGGAGUCGUUGGCCGGGAACCAGUGUUGUCAAAAGAACAGCCAGCAUUUCAGUACAGCAGCCAUGUGUCUUUGCAGGCGCCAAGUGGACACAUGUGGGGGACAUUCCGCAUCGAGAGGACAGAUGGAUCCCACUUUGAUGUGCGCAUUCCACCCUUCUCUCUGGAGAGCAAUAAGGAUGAUAAAGCGCCCCCUGCUGGCUACACCUUAUAACAAACCCACACCCUUAGGACCAGUGUAUUAAAGCUUCCCAUGCUCCACUUUGCUGUUCUAUGCACUAUGCCUUAGUGUUUCCCUUUCAGGAAUUUGAGGUGUGAUCUGAUGUGAAGUGGACACAUCCUGCAGUAUUAUAACCCUCAUUACGGCCAUAUUUGUAACUGUUUUUUCAGCACGCAAAGGAACAGAGUGAAAGGGAAUGUAGCUCUCAGGUAGCUUGCGAAACAGUGUGUGGAAUCAUUUUCAGAGUAUGUAGAUAGUGAGAAGUGGUCAUACUGCAUAAUGUGAAUUGAAUGUGAUUUUGUUUUUCUUAUUUGAAUUAUCUGAUUCAGUCUUUUUGGGCAAAUUAAGUCUUUUGGGAUUUUCCUAAAGCUAACUGUUAUUUUGAUGCAUUUGUGCAUAUUUUUUUUUUCCAUUUAGAGGGUGGAACGCUUAAGCAGAAAUUAAAAGUUUGACAGUAGCUAUUGGUAUGAGGAAAGAAAGAGUUGCAAGGUGACAGAUGAAUAUUGGCUACUGGAGAUACUGCUGGGGUGAAGAACAGCCGUGUCUGUUGAGAUGCCUGUUCUAAUUCUGAUUGCGUUGCACUUCCUACAGGAGUGUAUUUGGCCAGAUACAGUCCAGUUUGUUUGUGAUGAGAAUGAGAACAUCAUCUGGAAAUGUUGAGUAUGUUGAUAAUAAAUGAUGACAUGGCUAAUAAUGUACUGUAAAUAAGAAUGUAAGAAGCAUAAAUAAAUGUGCAUUUUGAAAUUGU